AAUGGGAGGAAGUAUUGUAGCUGCUCCAACUGACACAGACAACCCGUACUAUACAUUAGAAACUUCAAUUAAAAAGGGCUUGGAUAGCUUGACUGACCUGUCCCCUUUGCGUUGUAUCUUCCGGGUUCCUGAUAGACUCCGCCGUGUACGCGAAGAGGCCUACACACCUCGUGUAAUCUCUAUAGGCCCAUUUCAUCAUGGGAAAAAAGCCUUGAAAGCCAUGGAAGAUCACAAAAAGAGAUACCUUCGACGUUUCAUGGGUCGAUUCAAUUUAGAGCUGAAGGAUUACAUAAGAAAGAUGAAAGACCAAGAAGCAAAAUUGCGAAGUUGUUACCCGGAGAGUAUUGAGCUUUCAAGUGAUGAUUUUGUCAGAAUCAUUUUAGUGGAUGCCAUCUUUGUCAUUGAGUUCUUACUAAGGAACUCUAAAGUUGCAUUCCGAGAUGAAAAUGACUGCAUCUUUGGAAAACCACGGAUGAUAGAGGACGUACUGCCUGACUUAUUGAUACUUGAAAAUCAGCUGCCAUUCUUCAUUCUUAAGGACCUUUUCGACCCGGACAUAUUUAAAGUCCCUUCUGAAUGCUUUAAUAGGCCUGAUGACUUUGUUGAGAGGCUUUCCAUAGGGUUUCUUUAUAACGUGGUUUUAGUUGGUGGCACAGCUUCCAGGGGAAUGUCAUUCGAAGUGUUAUUGAAGAAAAUAUGUUCUUCUAAAGAAGAAGUACAACAUUUUGUUGAUCUCUUAAGAAAGCUAUGGUUGGCUUCUUUAUCAAAUAAACCACCUGCAACACUAGUCGAGACCCAAGAAGUGGCUCCAAGACUAAUCAAACGUAAAACAGCACCUACCAUUGAAAAGCUACACCAAGCUGGAGUCAAAUUUGAGGUGGGAUCAACCACGAACUUGUUUGACAUACAAUUCAAAGAUGGGAUUCUGAAGAUUCCAAAAUUAAAGACGGGGGAUUCAACGGAGCUUAAACUUAGAAAUUUAAUUGCCUUUGAACAAUGCAGUACUACUUCUGACGAUUAUUACAUAAGUGAUUAUGUUAGCCUCAUGGAUGAGUUGGUGGACACUCCAAAAGAUGUGGAGUUGCUUGUUAAGUAUGAAAUUGUUGAAAAUGAUCUCGGAGGUGGCGAUCACGAGUUGUCUAGCUUGAUCAACAGCCUUUCAACUGGGAUUAUAUAUGACUCAAAAAACUUCUAUUAUGGUGAGAUUUGUGGAAACCUGGACAAGUUCAUCCGUUCGAAGUGGCACAAAAGGAUGGCAAUUUUGAGACGCAAUUAUUUCAACACCCCUUGGGCAACUAUUUCUUUCGUGGCAGCAGUUGUUCUCAUCAUAUUCACUGCCAUUCAAACUAUCUGCUCAAUUAUCUCUCUUAAGUGAGCGUUCCAUCAUUCUGUCGACUCUGCUAUCUCAUCAUUUUCCAUCACUUUGGAGGAAAAAGGUCUUAGUU